AUGGACCACGACCAAGCUCAGUACCAGAAGCUGGUCGCUGCUGGCAACGUUUCCGCGGCCUUCAAGAUGGAGUUCAACUACGUGACGAAAACGGCAAAGAAGCAGAACCCAGUCGACUACAAAAAACUCUCUUCAGUCGUUAAUAACCUCAUGGAACUCUAUCUGACGGUUACCAACAUUCCCAAAUAUGCGAGUUCCAUUCCAGCCAUCAGCACUCGCUUACAGACGGACCUGUGGGAGCUUUACAGCACAGCGGCUCACACAACUCUGAUGAUGACGCUGGAUGAUGACCUUUGGAUUGACGGGCGAAAAGCGUGGCUGAAGCUCGAGCGUUGGGGAAAAUCGAAACGGUUUUUGCGCGCGUUCUUCCACACCUGGGAGUUGGCGACUCACCAGCAGUGUCGCCGGCUCUACAACGACUUCCGCGAAGACAUAAUCCAACAAUCAAGCGUCCCUGGGCUCGGCCUCCGCCUCAUAAAUGAAUUUCUACAGUUCAUCGACGAGAAAUUCAAAGUGCCAGCGCUCGACAAAAAGAUGAUGGACUUCGACGACAAGAAAGCGCUGGGAUCGCCGAUCCGAGAAACUUACAAAGAAUUGAAAGCGUUCAUGAGCGCAUUAAAGCAAGACAUCUUCAACCGCUUUCCAAAUGGAAAGAACUGGAGAAAGCACGAGUUCGUCUGCAUGGCCCGACUGAUAAAAUAUAUGAGCAAAUAUCUCACUCGGAAGUUCAUCACGCCUUAUGGCCUUAUUGGCGGUAUCGUCGAAAACGACAUCCAGGAGAUCAUCUACGGCUUCGCGCAAAUCUGUCACAAUAUCUGCCAAAACCUCGUCACACUGCCCGAAAAAGACUCGAAUGUACUCCUCGCUCUCGAGACUGUUCUGAUUCCGCUCAACGAAUCGAUAGGCCACAUGGCAGAAGCUUUGAGUAGAUUCACCGGUUCUAGAUUCAAACACCCUCACAAAUAUGCUGCCUUCUCAGUCUACAGCUUUCUUCGAGUGCUCCAGACGAUCGCUAAACGAAACGAUCUUGAUAAAACGAAGCAGCGCAAGAUCGUCGAGACCGGGCUCAAAAAUCUCGAAGGCUCUUUCAAGUACGUCUACUCGAUUUCCAGAGACGAUGAUAACUUCACAAAUCUGGAGCAUUGGAAUCUCAUCGAAUUGACAAUCAACGAGCUCGCCAUUACUUGCGAAACGAACAAUCUUUGCAGCUGGAAAAACUCGAACAGCGUGAGAAUCUUCAGAGAGAUGGAAAUCGAUCUUCCUAAGAACCGCCAACUAUCAAAAAUGGACAUCGUCUACAUAAAGUUAUUUCUCACUCAACUUUUUCUCAGCCUUAUCAACGAUGUCGUUGUUCCGAAAAUUCGCUCUUCGAUAUGUUCGAACACGCUGAGCGAGAAUGGCAUCCCGCAGAAAACUGAGCCCGUUGUGCUAAUCGUCGAUACCCUUCUUGAGUUCGGAGACGUCAAGAAACUUACGGAAGAAGAUCAAGACCUACUCAAGCUCGUCAUUUUUCAAUUGCAAGAAUUCUUCCCGAAGGAGACGAAAAAACUUGCGUCGAUGAGCGGAUCCGGCGGAGAUGAGAAUGACGAACUGACGACCGUCUGGAAGAUCCUGUCCACUUGGCAACGAGAUCUUCAAGGCGCGUGGAGCAAGAAAAUGGAAAAAGUCACUUCGAAGCCCCCUUCACUCGACAUUGAAAAAUUAUCCAAGAUCAAGGUCAAAACAGAAUUCAAAAAGACUUCUUCUGUGUCGCAAGUAUGCAACUAUGUCAACACGUACUACAUUGCGGCGCAACUUCUUUUGAUUCUUGGAAAACGAGAAGCUGGGAAUACGAUCCUGAAAGGCCUGCUUACUGCCCUCGUCGACUGGUAUUAUCCGAUGACAAAAGUUUACGCUUCUGUGAGUGAGCUUCUCGGUGAUCUUGUGAUGGACUUGGGUUCGUCAAUUUGGGUUGCGCGACGGCAUUCUCAUCUCUCUACCCAGCCCGAAUACGACGACGAUAUUCAUAAGACCCUGAAACGAGCAAAUGUUUGCCAUAUGACCUCGAAAGAUAAGAAACAUCUUGCUUUUGGUUAUAUGAUGUUCCAGGAUGGCAUCCCAGAGACCAAAAAGAGCUCCAUUGGUUGGAAAGAUGAGUCCAUCACCCAAAUCAUGUUAGAAACCUCUCUCUCUGGAUCUUCCGGCUGGUCAGAUUAUCAUGACAAGGCCUUUGGUCAUGUGGGCUCGAUGAUAACUGCGAAUCAAACAAGCGGCCUUCGUUAUGCCAUUCAACUCAUCAUCACUUUCCUGUCGAGUGCAUGCGAUCGGCAAUUCUACAAAACGAUCUUCGCUUCUUCGGCGAAGGCCGAGGGUUCAAUGAAAGUCCAAAAAAUUGGAAAAGAAAUCAUUGCGACCCUGCGGGCGCUUGAUAAAACCAUCUGGAUAAGUGUCGACUUCAUCGAUGAUCUCAUCAAACGAGGCAUGUCGAUCGAGGCGAGAAUGUUUUCCAACGAGCUGCUUGUUUUAUCCGAUAUUUGGGGAUUGCAGACUGCCAACAUAAUGGGGAAGACACUUCAAAUACGAGCACUGGAGCUUGAAGGUCAAACGCGCAAGUGGAAAGACGAAGUUCCAGCGCUUUUAAAAGUCUUCGAUAUCAACGAAGACAACCCAUUUAUGCGCGAAGUCAAUCCUCAAGCAAAAGCACAGGCGAUCUCACUUGACCCGCCCCGAAGAAAUUCUUCCCAAGUCGAUCAAACAAACUCUCAUUUGCCUACUGCGAAAGUCAAGGAAGAGUUCUUCGGUUUCACCCCUGACUCGCCGAUGGCAAAGAAAAUAAAGAAGAAAACAACAACGGAAACAACAAAAGCCUUCACAUUUCAACUUCCAGUUCUUCCUAAAAUUGGCAAGCUUGAUCUCGAUGUUGCACGGAACUAUGUUAUUGCACUUACAACUUUGUUCCGUGUUCAUCCAGAUCCUACUCGAGCUGUCAACGCUGGCCUGUUCCUCUUUAAAGAGAUCGCUAUCGCUGGUCAUCAACUAUCGCAGCUACUCCUGGAGCUUGCAUACGUAAUCGUUCUUCGCGCGACGGAACUCGAUAGACCAUCUGACGCUGUUGAGUACGUCAAAAAUGCUCUCGAGCCUGUCCGAAACUCCGAGAAAGUCAAUCCAAAGAAGUGCGGCCGAUUCGCGAAAUUGCAAGUGGCAAUCGUCAUUUACAAUAGAACCUUCGACGCGAACAAGGAAAAUCUUGAGCUAACCGCACCGUUUCAAAAAAUGGUCAUCACCAGCGAUGUGAAGACGCCCGCUCGACGGGGUAGAGUGAAAACAACUGGCGAUCAAACUCCAGCGAUUACUCCGAUGAAACCGGUCAAUGUGAAGCUACAGAGAAUGAAGAAAGAGAAGCUUCGAAUUUUCAAUGACGACGCGGCGAUAUCAUUGGCAACUCCAAAGAGCGCAAAAAUCAAGAAAGAAAUCAACGACGCUGAAUAUAAGCCUCGAACUCCCGUUUCGGCCACUCGAACAACUCGGACUACGAGAGCUACAGCUCGUCGAAUGAAAGUAGAAGCCGCUGAUGGAGAUCGAGCCGGGGCCACAAUUUUUGAAGAUCCUGAAGAAGAAGCGAGAGUCGGACCGAUGGGUGAUAUUCCAGAUCUGUCUCCCAUCAAAACGAGCCAAAAAGAUAAGACGGAGGGUGUUCGUCUCCAGAAUUUCGGUUCACGACCAGUCUCUCCGAUCGAGUCUGAGAUCAACACGAUCUUCAGUACUCAUACUGGAGCAGGCGAUUCGCCUCAGCUGAUCUCAGAAGAGGCCGUUCUGGAUGAAGCUCUCGCGACCGCCAAGGAGAACAGCGACAUGGAGACCAUCAGAGCGAUCUACAAUCUUCGCAUAGGCCAGAUUUUGCGCCAGGAACAAGUCGCACAGAAAAGCACGAUGGUCUUGAGCAAUUCAUCAAAGCUAGCCGCGCUUCACAUUGAUGUUAACGGCGUUGGAGCAGUUCUUGACACGCAGUACUGCGCUCAUACUCGUAUGUCCAACAAUGUCAGCUCAGUUCCGAAAGAAAACUUCAUCCAAGCAGAAGAUCUGUCGGAGAAUAUCAGGAUUGACUUUCCUUUUCUGCGACAGGAACUGAAUGAUAACGCCGUCUUGGUGAGCUUGAUUCCAGAUGUUUCGAAGACACUAUCCUGCACAUACGAAAAUUGCCUCGCGCUCGUCACUCGUUUGGAGCCCAACGGGAAGUGUAUUUCGAUCGGAUUCGAUGGUCAUGCAUUUGCCAAGGAGGCUCUGCGAAUGCGCGACAUGUGCGACAAGAUCUCUGAAGAGCUUGGCAAAGAUGUCAAAAACGCUACCAAAUGGUGGAAGGUGCGCGAUGAACGAGAAAAGUACUGUAAGGAUUUAGUGCUGUCUGUUCUCCCAGAUGUUCUUGGUCCGGCUCUUGCUCUAUUCACAUUCUCCAAAAGCAUCACUUGGACCAAUGCAGUUCCCAAGCCCAAAAACUCUCUUCACGCCGACUUUUUGAGCCAUGCGAUUCGGGCUUGGUCUCAUUUGAACACUCUCGGCAAGACGAAUGUCGCUGGACUCGUUGGAGUGACUAAACUCGACCUCGAUCGUCUGGCAAAGAACCACGUCUUUCAAGAAUUGGAAUAUCAGCGGACAACCGCUACAUAUCUCAUCCUCGGACGAGUGGUUCAAUCGAUCGCCAUGGAACGGAUGCCCAUUUGUCAGGGAAUUCGAAUGUCAAGGAUGCUCUCAGUAAGACAUGCGGAGUACCUCCUUCGACAACCAGCGAGCAAACGGUCUAUGGACAUCUCCAAUCUACUCUACGUCGUAGACAACCAGGUCAACCUCGCGAGUUCGGCCGCGACAGUUGGAAACUUCUUCAGGAGCGUUAAGCAAUGGAACGGUUACGCGUCCGUCAUGCCGAAUUCAUCCGAGUUGAUUGAGAAACUCAAUAAAUUCGACCUCUACGUCUUUGCUGGGCAUGGAAGCGGCUCCGACUGCGUUGGCGGCUGGGGACGUGUGAUCAGAAAAGGUGUAAAAAGCACCAUGCACCUUAUCGGCUGUGCUUCCGGCAGACUCCGCGAUCAUGGUCGAACUGAACCGAGGGGUGCAGUGACAAAGGUCUUGGACUCAGGGUCUAUGUCAGUAAUGGCCUUGCUCUGGAGCAUUACUGACAGAGACAUCGACCGAUAUACGCUGCGCUUGUACAAAGACUGGUUUAGCGCGGUUAGUAACUCGUCUAAAGAAACAGGACCGUGCCUCUCCCGAUUCAUCAACGAGUGUUCACGAGCCUGCAAGCUGCCGUACGUCAACGCUGGUGCAACUGUCAACUACGGGCUAAUCCCUACCUGCCACAACAUCCCUGAAGGUUGGGAUAAGGGAUUGCCCGAACAAAUUGACUACAAAAAGUAA